GUGACCAUCAGAUCAAGAGCCUCUCUCAUGGACCUUCAUUCGACCAAUGGUUGAAAAUCUUUAAAUGAUAACAUCGUCCUUUUGCCCACCACUAUCAAAUUUCCAGAUUUUCCAGGAAAAAGAAAAUCAAAACCCCAAGGUGAAGAAGGUAAAAACCAGCAGCGGCAAAGGCAAUAAAAGGUGAAGCCAAAGAGAGAGAGACACAUACAUAAUAAAAAAAGAUUUUUCAAAAGAACACAACUAUGGCUCCUCAUAGAGAAGGAUCAGAAGCUUCAGUGGAAGCCAUGGUUGCUCAAGUCGAAAAACACCCAAUUUCAACGAUCCUUAUCAUCAUUGCUAUGCAAACAGAAGCUUUGCCGGUGGUGAAUAAGUUCCAGUUGAUUGAAAACCCUCAUUCUUCGUUUCCAAAAGGGGUCCCUUGGAUCCAUUAUCAUGGUGCAUACAAGGACAUCACAAUCAAUCUAAUUUGGCCUGGAAAAGAUUUAACCUUUGGGGUUGAUAGUGUUGGCACGAUUUCUGCCUCUCUUGUGACCUAUGCAUCUAUCCAAGCAUUGCAGCCAGACCUAAUCAUAAAUGCAGGCACUGCCGGCGGCUUUAAGGAAAAAGGAGCUGCGAUCGGUGAUGUUUUUCUCGUAUCUCAUGUUGCAUUCCAUGAUAGAAGAAUACCAAUCCCGGUUUUUGAUCUAUACGGUGUUGGUUUGCGGCAGACCUACUCAACACCAAAUCUCUUGAAAGCUCUUAAUUUGAAGACCGGAAAGUUAUCCACAGGCGAUUCUUUGGAUAUGUCCCCUCAUGAUGAAGCAUCAAUUGCCGCAAACGAUGCUACGGUUAAAGACAUGGAGGGAGCAGCUGUAGCCUAUGUGGCAGAGCUUUUGAAAGUCCCUGCAAUAUUUGUUAAAGCAGUGACCGAUAUAGUAGAUGGUGAGAAACCAACUGCAGAGGAAUUCCUGCAGAAUUUGGCUGCAGUGACUGCGACUCUAGAAGAAGUCGUCACUCAAGUCAUCGAUUUUAUCAGCGGAAAGUGCUUGCCUGAACUUUGAUUGUGUCCCUACUUAUCACCGUUUUCAUUCUGAAAAAUAUAUGGACAAUAAAAAACUUGUGAUUCUUACAUCCAUGAGAUGCAAACAUUAGAGAUGAGUGUUUCUUUUAGAGAUCAAAACAGCAACAAACAAUCCGUAGUUUUUAAGUAGUCGAGUGUUUGAAUAAGACAGUCUUAACGUUACAUAGUGGGCUUCAUUGCACACUGGCUUUUGCCCUAUAUUGAAUUUUGCUUACAAGCAUAUAAGUCUAUGUUUGUUGUUAUGUGUAUCCUCUUACGAAUGCAAUUGUAGCUUUCCUUUUGCAUGGGAAA